UUUUAUCUUGUAGGUUUUACAUUAUUCCUAGGCUUCAUAAUUGAUCGUGUGCAUCAUUAUCUCCAAAAGCUUAACAAGUUAAGGAGCAAUGCAGGAGCUUCUAAAGAAGAAGUGGAAAGCAUUGAGAAAGAGAAAGUUGAGCUUAAGGAAAAGGAAGAGAAAGCUUCCAAGGAGAUAGUUCACUUGAAGGAACAAAUUUCUGGUCUUUCAGAAAGUUUGAAGAAGACAAAGGUGGAAUGUGAAGAGAAGGACAAAAGAGUUGAGACUGCUGAAGCUCAUGUUAGUUCCCUCCAAAAGCAAGCUGCAGAUCUGCUACUUGAAUAUGACAGGCUCUUGGAGGAGAACCAAAAUCUUCAAGCUCAAGCACUAAGGCACAGCAAGAACUGAUAAGAGUCAAUUACUUUUAACCACAAGUUUUGGAGAAGAGUUAUAUCACAUUCACACCUUCAUUAGUUUUGUUGCAAGAUUAACAUUAUCAUUGAAAAAAAAGAAAAACAAGAAGAGAAAAUUUGGCCCUUGAUGAAAAUGAAACAUUGAUUAACAUUCAUUAAAAUGGAGUGAAAUCACCUUAGCCCUUCCA